AUGAGAGCCCAAAGCACCAUCAGCAACGUCCUGAGGGUCGCGGUCGUCGCCUCCGGUCUCGCCGCCGCCAACCCUAUCCUCGCCCGAUGGACCGUCGGAGAGAGUGUAGAAACCUCCAGCGGCCGGGUUGAAGGACAUUCCGCUGCCGAUGCGGACCAGGUAUCCGAGUAUCUGGGCAUUCCGUACGCCCAGCCGCCCGUCGGAAGCCUUCGCUUUCAGCCUCCUGUCAAGUAUGCCGGCUCUUCGACAAUCAAUGGUUCAGCAUUUGGCCAUCAAUGCAUGCAGCCAGUCGGCAGCAGCACCAGCCUCGAUGCCAUCAAGAAGCUCGGUGUUCCUGCAUCAGCUGCCGUGGUUCUCAAGGCACUCACCGACACCGGCUCUCAAAGUGAGGACUGCUUGACUCUGAACGUGUGGACCAAGCCACAAACCGGCGAUGCCAAGAAGGCAGUGCUGGUUUGGAUUCACGGCGGCGCUUUUUCAACAGGAAGCUCCCGAACUCCCGCAUACAACGGAAAGUUCAUCGCGGACCUAAAUGACGUGGUGGUGGUGUCCAUGAACUACCGCCUCAACGUAUUCGGGUUUCCUGGAAACCCGGUCACGGCCCCCAACUUGGGUCUCCUCGAUGUUCGUCUGGCUCUUCAAUGGGUUCGCGACAAUAUUGCCAAAUUCGGAGGGGACACUCAGCGCAUCACCAUCUUCGGUCAGUCGGCCGGCGGCUCAAUGGUUGACUACUACUCAUACGCCUACGCAUCCGACCCCAUCGUCAAUGGCUUUAUCCCGAUGAGUGGUGUUGCCGGCGGGUUUGGUACGUUUACCAAUGCCACUGUCAACGACAAGUGGUUCAACAUCACUGCCGGCGUCGGUUGUGGGGGCAACACGACCGAUCCCAAGACCGUCUCCGACUGCAUGAUGAACAAGACCGCGGAAGAGAUCAUUUCCAAGGGUCUGUCGCCUAAGGAUGCCGGACUCGGCUCAGCAGACGGACUCUCUUUCGCGCCGACCGUGGACGACGCUCUGAUUUUCGCCGACUACAGCGGGCGCACGUCCGCCGAUGGCGGUUAUGUCAUUGGCAAUCUGGAGAACGAGGCCGGGCUUUUCAAGCUUGGGUCCCCUGACACCAACGAAACGUACUGGCUCGGACUUAACAAUGUGGCCUUCACCUGCCCGGCCGGAAGAAGAGCGGCACGAGCCGUCACCGCCGGCCACCCGACCUGGAGAUACCGCUACUUCGGUGACUUCCCCAACCUUGUCAUUACCACCACCCCUCCCAGCGGGGCCUGGCACGCAGCUGAGCUUCCUAUUCUUUUCAACACUGUGCCCCAGGAUGCGAUCAAGAGCACAGCCCAAGAAGUGGCCGUCGGCAAGUACCUCCGCGGCGCCUGGGCUGCUUUUGCCAAGAACACGAAGACGGGCCUCCUCGACUACAACUGCCAUGGCCCAUGGCCAGCGUACAAGCUCGACGAUGAGAAGACGAUGAACCGCAUUGCGUUCCAGAAUGGGACGGGUAGCAACCUCGUGGCUGGCGGCUCUUACGACGGGCUAUGCGCGCUUGUGGGCGUGCCUGUGAACUGA